ACCUGCUAAUAUAAAGUUUUUCUUCUUGCCGCUAGAUGGCGCUAUGCCAUACCGCUAAAUUGCUUUGCAGGUUAGAAAUAUUCUUCCGUCUUUUAUUAUAAAUCCUUUCUUUUAACACAAACUGACACACUGGCCAACAAGCUUGUUUAUAUCGUCUACAUCCAGUAGAUUCGAAAUACCAUUAAGGAUUUGAUUAGGACUACGACGUCUACAACAUAGCCGCCCUUUACGAAAGAAAAAUAAAAUUGAAUUCCCGAAUAUUGCUAUACGGAGUGAUAAACAAUUUUUUCCCGACAGUCAUUAUUAGAACGAACGAUUGGUGACUAGAAUAAUGCAGCACCUCAAGUAUUUAAGACAACAACACGAUACACAGCUAAUUGAAAGUGAAUCUGUAUCAAUUUAGAAAAAUAUCCUAUUUCCUAUAUCCUAUUUUUAAAAUUAAAAAAACACAUCAUCUCUGAAUAAAAACCAUUUAACCAUCCUCCUCUUAUGGAAAGGUACCGUAAAAACGUGAUAAGCACGCUAAAAUGCAAUAUGGCGACUUAUCGAAAUAAAAACAGCUGUACCUAAUUGGUGAACUCUAACACCUUAGAGAUAGGUACCCCGUCCUGCCCUCCUCUCCAUCUUGCCCCACUAACCCACACCUAUAUAAACUUAAGUAGUGUUUAAUUUUACGGUACGGUUUUCGAAGUACAGUAUCCAUACGCGGUUACAAUGUUAAGGUCGCUAAGUAGGAAUGCCAACGUAAUAAUGAAACGAACAACAGUGAAAAAACGUGAUGGAACUGUUUUAAAUUUGUGUUUUUUUGAUCUCCCGAAGGACCGAAUUGAAGACUUAGUUGAAUUUCAAAUGAAUAAUUUUGUUAGAUAUGAGUUGACGUUUCGCAUUUCAGGUUUGCCAGAUAGCAAGGAAGCACUACUUGAAUAUAGAGACAUUUUAAGAAACAAGCUCUCCGAUCCAUCAGCUUUUACCUUUAUAUGUUGUGAAGAAAGGGACAACCAGGUUCUGCCGAAAAUUAUAGCAAGUGACUCUAUGAGGUUGAUAAAACGGGGAGAACCUGACAAAGAUGACAUGCUAACAAACUUUAAAACAAAAGAGGUGAAGAACUACUUUAGAAUUCUUAGAGAUUGGAAUAAUUUGUAUCCAGUUCCUGAUCUCAUGAAGAAGUAUAAUUUAGAAUACUUUUUUGAUGGACAAGGAACUGCUGUUCAUCACGACUACAAGGGGAAUGGUAUUGUGUACCAUAAAAUGGUUUUGAGGUAAAAACACUAAACUUUGGUUGCAUAGUCAAUUACUCUUGAAGAAUACCG